CAUCUCUCUUCUGUUCUAGAUGAUUCCACCAGAGUGAAGCUCUCCUACCUGGAGGAUGACCCCUGUUCUGACUUCAUCAAUGCCAGUUAUAUACCAGGGAACAACUUCCGCCGUGAGUACAUCGCCACCCAAGGCCCUCUCCCCGGAACCAAGGAUGACUUCUGGAGGAUGGUGUGGGAGCACAACGUGUACAACGUCGUCAUGGUGACGCAGUGUGUCGAGAAGGGACGGGUGAAGUGUGACCACUACUGGCCGGCUGACCGGGAGCCUCUACCUAGUGUGGAGGAGGGUCGUCCCAGCUUCCCUCGGGUGGUGAGACACUUCCACUACACGGUGUGGCCAGACCACGGGGUCCCCGAGACCACCCAGUCCCUCAUCGAGUUCGUACGGACCGUCCGGGACUACAUCGACAGGGCCCCCAGCACUGGAGCCACCGUUGUUCACUGCAGUGCUGGAGUGGGUCGUACAGGGACGUUCAUGGUUCUGGACCGGGUCCUUCAACAGCUGGACAGCAUAGGAACAGUGGACGUCUACGGCUGUGUGUUUGACCUCCGACUGCACCGCUCUCACAUGGUGCAAACAGAGUACCAGUACUCCUUCCUCCACCAGUGUGUUCGUGAUGUCCUGAGAGCCAGGAAGCUCCGUAGUGAGCAGGAGAACCCUCUCUACCCCAUCUAUGAGAACUUCAACCCAGACUACUACCGUGGUAAGACUAUAUAUCCAGACUACUACCAUACCAAGACUAUAUAUCCAGACUACUACCGUGGUAGGACUAUACCAAGACUAUAUAUCCAGACUACUACCAUGGUAAGAUUAUACCAAGACUAUAUAUCCAGACUACUACCAUGGUAAGACUAUACCACCAUA